AUGGCCUUCGCCAAUUUGAGGUCCAUCGCACUGGUGACGCUCUCCGGUCUGACGCCCCUGAUCUCAGCCCUUGGACAGAAACAGAUCAUCUCCUUCGAGAGCGGAUCAGGCAACUACCAGAUCGCAGGAGGGGACGUUGGGACUGGCCAGAUCCUGGUGUCUAGCGAUGACUACUGGGGUGUCAUUCGAGCUGCCGGUGACUUGGCGCUUGACUUUGGUCGCGUCACUGGCACGACCUAUACCCUCAGCAAUGGCGUGAAUGGCUCAGAGCCCGCUUCCUACACCUUUGCCCCGGUGGAUGUGAGCAAUAAUACUGUUUACCGCGUCGAAGACGAACAGUCCUUCACGGGCCCCAACUAUACCGAUCCGAAGCCGGGCAGCACAGUUGUCAUCGCUGGUACCGUGGGCCAUUCAAAGUUCAUCGACGACCUCAUCGCAGCCCAGAAGCUCAACACGAGUGAAAUCGAGGGGCAGUGGGAAUCCUUCGUGAGCCAAUUGGUUGAAAAUCCCGUCCCUGGGUGCCCCAAAGCCCUCGUCAUUGCUGGUAGCGACCCCCGAGGUACCAUAUACGGCAUCUACGAUAUCAGCGAACAGAUUGGCGUCAGUCCCUGGUACUUCUGGGCUGACGUUCCUCCCAAGAGGGCUACCGAGAUUUAUGUCUUGCCCGAAGGCAAAGUCCAAGGCUCACCUUCGGUCAAGUAUCGCGGUUUCUUCCUCAAUGACGAGCAACCAGGCUUGUCCAGCUGGGUCUCAUCACAAUGGAACGACACCUGGAACGGCGCGGCAGGAUAUAACCACCACUUCUACAGCCUUGUUGGCGAGCUUCUACUCCGUCUUCGUGCCAACUAUCUCUGGCCAACAGUCUGGGGCAGCAUGGUUUACGUCGAUGACCCCUUCAACCAGCCCCUUCUCGAUGCGUACGAAGUCGUUCUGGGCGGUUCCCACACGGAGCCCUUGAUGCGUGCACAGAACGAGUUCGGGACAUUCUACAAGGGCCAGUGGGCGUACAACCUAAACAACAAGACGAUUGACGAAUACUUCCGGUACGGUGUGCAGCGUGCGAAGCCAUACAGCCGUAACAGUCUGUGGACGAUGGCCAUGCGUGGCACGGGCGACACGGCCAUCGAAGGCAACUUGGGCGUUGAAGCUAUUAUCGAGAUGUUGGAGAUACUCGUGCAGAACCAGCAAAAGAUUAUUGCCGAAGGUCUCGGCAUUGAGUCUGCUGCCGAAGUUCCGUCCUUGUGGUGUCUCUACAAGGAGGUGCAGUCAUACCAGGAGAGAGGCCUCCACGUUCCCGAAGACAUUACCCUCCUCUGGGCCGACGACAACUGGGGCAACGUCCGAAGGCUGCCGCUGGUAAACGAGACGAGCCGUAGCGGUGGCGCUGGCUUGUACUACCACUUCGACUAUGUCGGCGGCCCACGUGACUACAAAUGGAUCAACACGAUCCAGCUGGAGAAAACUGCGGAGCAGAUGUCUCUUGCUUACGCGCGAGAUGCCCGCCGGAUUUGGAUCGUCAACGUCGGCGAUCUUAAGCCCCUCGAGAUCCCGAUUAGCCACUUCUUCGACCUCGCGUACGACACGGAGAAAUGGGGCGUCGACGGCACUGGGGAAUGGCUCAAGUCUUGGGCGACAAGGGAGUUUGGCGAUGGUCACUCGUCCGAGAUCACGGACAUCUUGACCAAGUACGGCAUGUAUGCCGCUCGCAGAAAGUUCGAACUGGUUCAGCCCCAGACCUACUCCGUCAUCAACUACAAUGAGGCAGACGCAGUCUUGGAACAAUGGGCCGCCCUGCAUAAGCAAGCUCAGGCGGUGUAUGAUGCCCUCGAUGAGGAGUAUCGUGCUGCCUUUUUCGAGAUGAUCCUGCACCCCAUUACCGGCGGCGAGAUCCUGCACAAGAUCCAAAUCAACGGAGCGAAGAACCAGUUGUACGCUGGGCAGAAGCGCAAUUUGGCCAACAAUGUCAUCGACGAAUCCAGGGGCCUGCUUGAUGCCGAUGCCGAGCUGACCAACAGGUGGAACGAGUUGCUCGAUGGGAAAUGGAUACACAUGCUGGACCAAACCCAUCUUGGAUACGAUGACUACUGGCAACAACCCAUGCGCAACACCCUCCCUGAUAUGCGCUACGUCCAGACGCAGUUCCCCUCGUUGGGCGGGCAGAUUGGUGUUGGCGUCGAGGCCUCCAACGCCAGCGUCCAGGGAGACGACCAGUGGCACUCCAACUCGGGCAACGACCUCACCGUGCCCCCUCUGGACCCGUACGGCGCCCUCACGCGCUACUUUGAGGUCUUUGGUCGUGGCAACAAGGAGUGCCCCUGGGAGGCCAGCCCGUGGCAGCCGUGGGUGAAGCUGUCGCAGUACAAGGGAACCGUCGGCGGCGAGAACGGCACGGAUAGUCGUGUUUUCAUCUCGAUUGACUGGGAGAAUGCGCCGGCGGCUCCCAACGCGACGCUGGUGCCCAUUAACGUCACGUCCGGGUGUGUGGGCAAGGAGAAGUACGCUGGCUCGGGACAAAGGGUGAUUGUACCAGUCGUCAACCGCAAGGUCCCGUCCAACUUCACAGAGGGCUUCGUCGAGUCUGACGGACAUGUGUCGAUUGAAGGCCCGCACUACCAGAAGAUCAUCGAGCCGAGCGGCAGCUCGAACAGCAGUGGCAAGAAGCUCAAGUACCACGUGCUCGAGAACUACGGCCGCACUCUGGGGGGGGUCACGUUGUACCCGCUCGAUUCGGAAAAGGUCAAGCUCGGCGAAGGUCCGGCGCUGGAGUACAACAUGUAUCUCUUCAGCAACACCAGCAAGGCGACGGUCACGCUGUACAUUUCGCCAUCGGGCAACUACCUCGGCGACGGCAACCCGCUCGAGUAUGGCAUCUCCCUAUACCCGACCGGUGGUGGCCAGCCGCAGCCCAAGACGGUGCAGCCGGUGGGUAAGACACAGGGCCAGAACAUGCCUUCGGGAUGGGACGGUGCAGUGGCCGAUGCUGUCUGGGGACUCAGCGGCAACUACACGAAGACAACGUUCAACGUCGCCCAGGAGGGCGCGUACACGUUGCGGGUCUGGGCGCUUCUUCCAAACAUAAUCGUGCAGAAGAUCGUAGUCGACCUUGGCGGCGUAAGGAAGUCGUAUCUCGGACCCCCUGAAAGCUUCCUGCUGGGACGUGAUGAGCAGGGCGCUGCACAGCGAACAGCAUUUACCGACACGCCUGGUAUUCUCGGGGGUAAACCAGAGUAG